AUGGUCAACGUCGUUAACAGAAGGUGCUUCUGCCAGAGGGGGAUUCCAAGCUUUGGCCUCAAAGACGGCUUACCCACCCAUUGUGCGGAGUGUAAAACUGAGGCCAUGGAGGACGUCGUACACAAGAAGUGCCUCAAUGGUUGCGGCACGAUUGUGAAGAACCGCAACAAGGGCUAUUGCCUUCGCUGCUUUGUAUUCCUUUACCCCGACGAGAAGGUUUCUCGGAACUACAAGAUCAAGGAGAAGCAGUUCGUCGACUACAUCAAGGCAGCUGGCGUUCUCCCGGAUACGGCGGAAGUCACCUUCGACAAGAGGCUCCAGGGUGGGUGCUCGCCACGGAGGCCGGACAUCUUUGUCGAUGUGUAUAGCCACACCGUGCACUCGGAAUGCGACGAGGGUCAGCACUCUGUGGGCAACUACUCCUGCGACAACAAAAGGCUCAUGGAGCUUUUUCAGGAUGCCGGCAACCGGCCUCAGGUGCAGCUGCGGUUCAAUCCAGACAGCUUCACGUCAGCCGAUGGCACAAAGCACCCGAGCUGCUUCAAGUACAACAAGACAGGGCUGCCCGUCAUUAGAGACCAGACCACAUGGGAAGCGAGGAUGAACGUGUACCUCGAACGCCUGAAGCACCACCUUACGCACGUGCCUGACCAAGAAGUGACGGUCGAGCACCUGUUCUAUGAUGGGUUUGACUAUCGCUCAGAGGACAUGUCAGGCAAAGCUGGACGGAAGCGCAAGCAUGCUCCAAAUGCCGAACGACUUGUUCAUCAUAAGCUCAUCCCGUAUAAAUACACAAUAUCCACCUCAAGGGAGCUCUUCGUCAAUACCCCACCAUCAGACGAGAUCCAGAAGCUAUUUGAGUGGGCUGCAGCCCUCGUCAACCACCCUGACAAGCUACGAGAGUAUGCCAGCAUCCACAACAUUACACCGGAAGGCGACAGUGCAAAACGCUGGGUCAGAACAAAGCAUGCGACCUAUGAUUCAGAUGAUGACUGA